GCAUCGCCGUGUUCACCAGCGGUGGUGACUCUCAGGGAAUGAAUGCUGCUGUACGAGCCGUUGUAAGGAUGGGCAUUUAUCUCGGGUGUAGGGUAUACUUCAUUAGAGAAGGCUAUCAGGGUAUGGUGGAUGGCGGAAAGAACAUCGAAGAAGCCACAUGGUCGGCCGUGUCUUGCAUCAUCCACAGGGGCGGUACAGUGAUAGGCUCCGCUCGAUCUCAAGAUUUCAGAGAGCGUCCAGGUCGCCGAAAAGCCGCUAAGAACUUGGUUAAUCUGGGUAUAACCAAUCUAGUGGUGAUCGGCGGAGAUGGCUCUCUCACAGGUGCCAAUCUGUUCAGGGAAGAGUGGUCAGAUCUUCUGAAGGAACUCGUUGCGUCUGGUAAAUAGAGAAAGAAUUGUUUAAAA